GCAUAAAGUCAGUCCCCCUCUGCAUGGGGAUCAAGCCUUCACUCUCCUCUAAAAACUUAUGACAGACAACACACACAGAGAGAAAGAGAAAGGGGAAACUUUCUCUUUACGUUUGCUCAUCUUAAGGAACUUUCUACAUGACGACCGCAUCGUUUCAGAAAAGCUGCUAAGACGCGUUGAACGCAAAAAAGUUGUACCUUUUUCGAGGAUUACCUCCACUAGACCGGGAUUCAUAGCCUGGCGGUCGAGGUGAUGGAUUUUAACCUUCUAACGGACAGUGAGGCCCGCAGCCCGGCACUGUCUCUGUCUGACUCCGGGACGCCUCAGCACGAUCCGGGAUGCAAAGGCCAAGACAACAGUGACACAGAGAAGUCCCAUCAGAACCACACAGAUGAGUCGAACCCAGAGGACGGCUCUCUAAAGAAAAAACAGCGCCGGCAAAGGACACAUUUCACUAGCCAGCAGCUCCAGGAACUGGAAGCCACCUUUCAGAGAAACCGUUAUCCCGACAUGAGCACGCGAGAGGAGAUUGCGGUGUGGACCAACCUCACAGAAGCAAGAGUACGGGUGUGGUUUAAAAACCGCCGAGCCAAAUGGAGAAAGCGAGAAAGGAACCAGCAAGCCGAGCUGUGCAAGAACGGCUUCGGCGCCCAGUUCAAUGGACUCAUGCAGCCGUACGACGACAUGUACUCUGGCUACUCCUACAACAACUGGGCCACUAAGAGCCUGGCCAGCAGCCCGCUGUCAGCCAAAAGUUUUCCUUUCUUUAACUCCAUGAAUGUAAGCCCGCUGUCCUCCCAGCCAAUGUUCUCCCCGCCCAGCUCCAUCCCUUCCAUGAACAUGGCCUCAUCGAUGGUGCCCUCGGCGGUGGCAGGGGUGCCGGGCUCAGGCCUCAACAACCUGGGAAACCUGAACAACCUGAACAGCCCCACCCUCAAUUCUGCAGCCGUGUCAGCAGCCGCCUGCCCGUAUGCCACCACGGCCGGUCCAUACAUGUACAGAGACACCUGUAACUCCAGUCUGGCCAGCCUCCGGCUCAAGGCCAAACAGCACGCCAACUUCGCCUAUCCGGCCGUGCAGAACCCUGUUUCCAACUUAAGCCCCUGCCAGUACGCUGUAGACCGGCCGGUAUGAAAGCGUAGCGUCUAGCGUUCCAAAAAACAAAAAAGCCCCGACCUGAACUUCAAGCCCUUGUCUAGCCAACCCUACAUUCGACUCCGAGGCAUCAUCACCCUGCAAUGAACUGGAUUUCUGGGAAUAAAGCUUCACAAGGAAUGGAGCGUCACAAUGGACCAGGCCUCAAAGAACUCAUGCGAUAACAUGUUAAGACGCUGUCGCCGAACCGACCAACUGUUUAAAAGCUUUUGUCCGCUGCAUGAUUAGAGACAAAAGAGGACGUAAACACUUCCGCUGCACUCAGACCUCGCGAAAGAAUAUCAUAGGCAGAGAUGAGAGGAUGUACAUAAUGGACUCUGUAUUGUAUGUGAUAAAAUAUCUCAAAAAAUUUAGUAUUUUAACGAUGAAAGGAGCAUGUUCCUCAACAGCGAAGGAUAGACCUCCGCGAGGAAUUUUAAUCUUUGUUGUGAAUUCCAUUCACCUAAGGUCAGAGGUCAAAGGUUGUUGACGAGAUGAAACCUAGCAUUAAGUAGUUUCAGAUGAAAAGAGAGAGAAAAAAACACUGAAAAUUGGGACUUUUUUAUUUUAAACGAUGAACUAAAAAGCCAUUGAGUAAAUAGAUUUGUGUGGUGUUUAAAAAAAGGGAGUCUAUGACUGUAAUAUAAUGUAUGUAAGAGUGCAGUUGUUAUAAAACAAGCUUUUUUCCUGGUGUA